GAUGGAGUUCAAUGAGAAAGAAUUGCGAAGGGAAAUAAGCUAUGCAAUCAAAAACAUACAUGGUAUCAGGACAGGAUUGUUUACUCCAGACAUGGCAUUUGAAGCAAUAGUCAAAAAACAGAUUGUAAAGCUGAAAGGGCCUUCCUUGAAGAGUGUAGACCUUGUUAUGCAAGAAUUAAUCAACACUGUCAAGAAGUGCACCAAAAAACUGGCAAACUUCCCCAGACUUUGUGAGGAAACGGAAAGGAUUGUUGCUAACCACAUUCGUGAGCGAGAAGGGAAGACAAAGGACCAGGUACUGCUAUUGAUCGACAUUCAAGUCUCCUAUAUUAACACCAACCAUGAAGACUUCAUUGGCUUUGCAAAUGCUCAACAGAGGAGCAGUCAGGUUCACAAGAAAACCACAAUUGGAAAUCAGGGAACCAAUCUUCCGCCUUCAAGGCAAAUUGUCAUUCGUAAGGGGUGGCUGACCAUCAGCAACAUUGGAAUCAUGAAAGGAGGCUCUAAGGGGUACUGGUUUGUCCUGACUGCAGAGAGCUUAUCCUGGUAUAAAGAUGAUGAGAGGAUUUAUGAAGAUGAUUUGCAGGUGUCUCAGCCUUACCAGUUCCUGGGUGUCGCCACCAGAAGCUCUGAGGACUUUGGGGUCCUACUGUUAUUGGAAUGUAGCUUUAGGGCUCUCUUGCCUGGCUGUGUGGGUUCUGAAAUGAGACCAUAAGAAGGGCCUGAUGCUUCCCGUGGAGGAGAAGAAGUCUUGAGAGCUUGGUGAGUUCACAUGGCAGGGUAUCUGUUCCUAUUCUCUAAAAACUCAAAAGAACUUUUUACAAUGUCACUGCUACUGAAGCUCCCUUAGAAAAACCCGAAUCCAACAAAUGGAAAAUAAAUGUGUACAGUUAUAAUAUUCCUCAGGUGCCAGUGACCA